AUGGAGGAGGACCACCACAUGGAAGUGGACCCAAUCGCCGCCCGCGAGGUACUCCCAGAGGUGCUUCAGGAGGCACCCAAGGUGACUCCCUCGCCUCUGACCCUCGACUUGGGGCAUCAAGUGCGACUGUUUCUCGGUGAUUUGAAUCAGUCAAAUUCGGUAUCCGGAAGUCUUCCUCAAGCAAUCUACGACUAUGCCAGAGGGAAUGGAUCGACACAGCAGCUCUUAUCAGCGCUGUCAGUAUUAGCGGCGGACGAUGGUCUGUUUGAGCUCGUUGAAGCCCGAUUCGAGCCAGUGCUGCUCGAUAUACUAGCUAGGUGGUUUGAACCAUCGGCGUUCACAGAUAGUGACCUGAUUGAGAAGCGAUUAUCAGUAUUGGCAAAGCUAGCAGAGACCAGCCCGCAGCUGUGGAGUUUGAUUUACACAUUCAUCCUCCAAUCUCCCUUCCGGGCCUCCCCCUUCUCCUGCCUCGGCCAGCAAAACCUCACAGCCGUUCCUGCUCCUCGACUCCACUCUCUCCUCCUUGCUUACAUUCGUCUGAUUAUCGUGGACCCUUUCAUUGCUUCCCGCAACGACUGGUCGAUAAUACCUCUCCACGCUCUUCGCACUGAACACCCUGACGCCGGGGUGAGAUUGCUCGCUAUACAGGUACUCUCAAAGCAGCGGAAAUGGAGCGAGACGAAAAGGAUGGAGAUGGAGUCUGCCCAUGUAGGGGCGGUGGAGGCUACGGAUGUAAAGAUCCUCUUUGGGCACACCGUCAACGUGCUGCCGCAGGGAGGGUUUGAAACCCAAGAGAUGGUGGUAGAUGGAUGGCUUAUGCCUAUAUUCGAAGCGGAGAGGAUAAAAAAGGCUAGAAAGUCGACGAACGAUUUGGUCUAUGCCUCAUCUGCCACAAUUGCGGAGCACGAUCUGUCCUCACGCACGGCACUUGUCGCCGACCAUCUCAUCCUGCGCAACUCUCCCCCCAACCCCUCUUUAAGUAUCACACAUGUGCGUACGGAGCCCAUGGACAAUGCGCUCAGAACGCUUUGUCCUCUGGUACAACUCACUGCACCUAUACUCCUCACCUCCCCACCUUCUUCAGGCAAAUCCCACAUCCUACAAUACCUCUCCUGUGUACUCUUCCCCAACCAACGGCCUUCCAGUAGAAUCCUCACUAUCCCCCUCGCAGACACAUCUAUCGAUGUCAAGAGUCUGAUUGGGACGUAUAUCUCUUCGCCAACAAAGCCUGGGACGUUUGAGUGGAUGGAAGGAGCGCUUGCGAAAGCGAUCAGGGCGGGGAGAUGGGUCGUUUUUGAGGACGUGGAUAGGGGAAGUACAGAAAUGCUCGUGACUCUGGCUGGAAUCGCCAGGAGCCUGAGGAGUACGAGACCGGGAAAGAGGGCUACGCUGGCUGUUCCCGGGCGAGAGGAUGUUGAGGCUGGAGAAGGAUUCGGACUGUUUGUCACAAGAACCAUCCGACAGGGUUAUACUCCCCCAAGCUUCUAUGGGCACCACAUCUUUACCGAAACCAUCCUUGAAGCCCCGUCAGACAGCGAUAUCCUAGCGUUCCUCUCUGCUCGAUUCGAACGCUUGCCUCGGAGCAUCACCACCACUCUCGUCGACAUCUGGCACCAACUCCGCCCCUUUGACAGGGUAUCUGGCCAAGUCAAGGCUAGGGAUAUUGGACUGAGGGAUCUCGAGAAAUGGUGUGCGCGAGUGGUGCGCAAUCUGCCUCCCUCUGCUUCAUUGGCCGCGCUAGAGCAGUCAGGCUCCAUCUUUGCAAACACCGUGCUCCAGGAUGAGGUGUUCUUGGAGGGUGUCGAUAUCUUUGUCGCUUCUCUCGACAAUAAAGGCGCCUCGCUGGAGAAAAAGAAGCAGAUGAUGAUGACUAUUGCAGAAGGAUUGGGGAUGGACGAGGAUCGGGUUUUGGCUUUGGAUGGCCGAAAACCGAAUUUCGAGGCUAGCUCCGCUUCUCGUCAGCUGCAUGUUGGGCGAGUCGUUAUGGAGUUGGCGGCACCUGAAAGAAGCCGCCGAGCCGCCUCCUCCUCUUCCCGACCUUUUGCUCUUACGAAACCCUCUCUUAUCCUCCUUGAGCGAGUUGCUGUAGCUCUCGCUCUCGGCGAACCAACCCUUCUAGUUGGUGAAACUGGUACCGGUAAGACCACCGCCGUCCAACACAUCGCCUCCAUCGUCCGCAAACCACUCACCGUGCUCAACUUGUCGAUGCAAACCGAAAGCAGCGAUUUGCUCGGUGGGUUUAAACCUAUAGACGCUUCCAUUGCUGCCCGUGCGUUGCAUACGAGGUGGCAGAAGUUGUUUUGCGAGACGUUUGCGAUGAGUAAACCUGCGAAUGGGUCGUAUGUCGAGGCGGGGGCAAAGGCACUUGCAGGGAGAAAGUGGGGCAGGUGUGUAGAGCUUUGGGGGUCUUCGGCUAGGCGAGCCAUAGAUAAGCUGGGCAAAGGGGAGCCGGAUGCCCCUCCGGCAGAGGGAUCACCUCUCAAGCGGAGAAAGAUAUCUAAAGCGACCAGGGUGUCCAAUGAGUGGCAAGGGCUGCUAGCUGACGUUACAGAAUUCGACCUUCACCACGCCAAGAUGAAGAGCAAGCUGGUGUUUUCGUUCGUGGAGGGACCUUUGGUUAAAGCUAUCAAGUCUGGGGAAUGGAUCCUACUUGAUGAAGUCAACCUUGCGUCGCAAGAAACGCUCGAAGCUAUAUCAACUAUCCUCGAAGGACCCACAGCGUCUCUUGUCCUGACCGAGCGGGGAGACGUCGAGCCUAUUGAGAGACACCCUCAAUUCAGGCUUUUUGCCUGUAUGAACCCAGCCACCGAUGUCGGCAAGAAAGAUCUUCCUCCCAAUCUGCGCGCGCGCUUCACUGAGCUAUAUGUGCCUCCCCCAGAUGACGACCGAGAGGCGCUCCUCUCUAUCGUCUCGCAGUAUCUCGGUGAUGCGGCAGCGGGAGAUAAGAGCGUCGUGCUCGAUGUCGCAGAACUCUACACUACCCUCAAAAAGCUGUGCGCGGCAAAAGAGAUCGUGGACGGAUCCAAUGCGCCACCGCACUUUAGUAUGCGAACCCUUGCGAGGGCGUUGACAUUUGCCGUGGAAAGUGCCCCGCUUUUUGGCCUUCGUCGUGGCUUGUGGGAGGGCUAUCUCAUGGCUUUCACCAUGUCUCUGGACGAGGCGAGCGCGCGCAUCGCCCACGAAGCUGGAGAGAGGCACGUCCUGUCGCCCAUGAAGAACGCCCGGGCUGUACUCGCGCAAAUACCCUCUCUUCCUUCAGACAUGGAUGCCGACGACUAUAUUCGAUUUGGGCCUUUCUGGCUUCGCUGCGGACCUCUUCCGGCUUCCACAGAGGGUCGCUACAUCAUCACUCCCUCUGUGCAGUCGAAACUCACUGAUCUCGCCCGCGUGAUCCUUACCAAGAGGUAUCCUGUCCUCAUUCAAGGACCCACCUCUGCGGGAAAAACCAGUGCCGUUGAAUUCCUGGCGCGUCAGACUGGUCAUCGGUUUGUGCGUAUCAACAAUCACGAGCAUACAGAUAUUCAAGAGUAUCUCGGAACAUACGUGACAGACCCGCAGACGGGGAAUCUGGUGUUCCAAGAAGGGUUGCUGGUGACUGCGGUAAAGCAAGGGCACUGGAUCGUGCUGGACGAAUUGAAUUUGGCGCCAACUGAUGUUUUGGAGGCGCUCAACCGACUCUUGGACGACAACAGGGAGCUUGUCAUACCGGAAACCCAGGAGGUGAUCAAGCCCCAUCCCAACUUUAUCCUCUUCGCCACCCAGAAUCCUCCAGGGCUCUAUGCUGGGCGUAAAAUCUUGUCAAGAGCUUUCCGCAAUCGAUUCUUGGAAGUUCACUUUGACGAUGUUCCCAAGACCGAGCUCGAGACAAUCUUGUGUCAGCGAUGUCAAAUCGCUCCUUCGUAUGCUGCAAAGAUCGUCCAGGUUUUCGAGGAGCUGAGACAUCGGCGUCAAGCGUCACGUGUCUUUGAAUCGAAGCAGUCUUUCGCUACCCUUCGAGACUUGUUUCGUUGGGCCGAAAGAGGUGCUGUGGGCUAUCAGCAGCUCGCGGACGAUGGCUAUAUGCUUUUAGCAGAGCGCGCGAGGCACGACGAAGACAAGGUCGUGAUCAAAGAAGUCAUCGAGCAAAUCAUGAAGGUCACCAUCAAAUACGACAUGUACGAACUGUUUGACCAAUCGGCUGGCAUACUGGCACGAUUCCCUCAAACAUCACUUCCGCCGACUUCGAUGGUAUGGACCAAGGCCAUGCAGCGGCUCUUCGCACUCGUGGCGGCUGCCCUUUUGCACAAUGAGCCAGUAUUGCUAGUCGGUGAAACAGGUUGCGGCAAAACCUCAGUCUGCGAGGUCAUCGCCCACAUGUUUAGCCAAAAGUUGGUCGGUGUCAACUGUCACCAAAAUAUGGAGACUGCCGAUCUCCUUGGUAGUCAACGUCCUGUCAGAAAUAAGCUCGACCGUAAGGCUCGGGUAAUCGAUGCCCUUGCUAAGUAUAUUGAGCUUGGUCGUGAUGCUUCGGAGGACGACAUCCUGGAAGCAUGCAGUGAGCUUCUGCAGAGAGAGGACGUGGAUCAUUCGCUGGUCCGACGUUGUCAACAGGAGAUUAAACAGCUCUCCGCCCUGUUCGAGUGGUCUGACGGUCCGCUUGUUCACGCCAUGUCAGCGGGUGAUCUCUUGCUUCUGGACGAAGUCUCUUUGGCCGAUGAUUCUGUACUCGAACGUCUCAACUCCGUUCUUGAACCAGGACGUACUCUUGUCUUGGCCGAGAAAGGCGGUGUUGACAUUGAUGAGGCUACGAUCGUUGCCAACGAUAAAUUCCAUGUUGUGGCAACGAUGAACCCAGGAGGUGAUUUUGGAAAGAAGGAGCUCUCGCCAGCGUUGAGGAACAGGUUUACUGAAAUCUGGGUGCCUGCUCUGAAUGAUAGAGGCGAUCUCUUGCAGAUCAUUGAGCAAUCAAUGCGACACGUGGAACUCAGUCCUACUGGGCCUCUUAUACUGGAUUUCUUCAUCUGGUUUGGCGAGAAGCUAGGUGAUACUUCUGGACUGGGUUUGCGAGAUAUCCUGGCUUGGGUCAGUUUUAGCAACGACAUGUUUGCCAAAGGCCUCAAUGCCGCUCAAGCUUUUCACCAUGGCGGUCAAAUGGUAUUAAUCGACGGACUGGAAUCGCUGCCUCAGACGUCCGGCAUGUCGACAUCCAGCAUCAAAAUCCUUCGAGAAGACUGUCUUGUCCAACUGGGCGUAUUGGCGACAUCGUUGGAUAGCGAAUUGCAAACGGAGUCGAACUUGGAUAUCAAGAUCAGCUCCGAAGCUGUCCACGUGGGCGGCUUUUCAGUCCCGAAGGGCCCCGUCAUCAAUGAGGUCCCGACCUUCAUGUUUGGAGCUCCUACGACUGCUCUCAACACCAUGAGGCUUGUCCGUGGCUGCCAGUUGCCCAAAGCGAUCCUACUUGAAGGUAGUCCAGGAGUAGGAAAGACGAGUCUCGUCUCCGCUCUGGCUGGCGUCGCGGGGUACAAUCUCCAGCGGAUCAACCUUUCCGAUCAGACCGAUCUGAUAGACCUAUUUGGGUCCGAUCUUCCGGUCGAAGGGGGCCAGCCCGGCGAGUUCCAGUGGCGAGACGCGGCCUUCCUCGAUGCUAUGCAGAAAGGUGAUUGGGUGUUACUCGACGAGAUGAACCUUGCCUCGCAAACAGUUCUCGAAGGCCUCAACGCUGUCCUUGAUCAUCGUGGUACCGUAUACAUCCCUGAACUGGGAAAAUCGUUCGAUCGCCAUCCCGGCUUCAGAGUCUUUGCUGCUCAAAACCCUCUGCAACAGGGUGGUGGCCGAAAAGGUCUACCAAAAUCGUUCCUGAAUCGUUUCACCAAGGUCUACCUGCAGGAGCAUACCCCGGAAGAUCUCAUGAUCAUCUGCCGAGACCUUCACCCGAUACCUGUUGAGAUGGUCCAGAAAAUGAUAUCUUUCAACGAGACCAUGCGAGUUCAGACUAUGGUCACUCGUGCUAUUGGGCGCGAAGGAAGUCCUUGGGAAUUUAAUCUUCGUGACUUGUUCCGAUGGUUCAACCUCCUUUCGAAGAAGAAUGGGCUGGAGAAGAGUGAACAUCCGGUCGAGUUCUUCCAGAUGGUAUAUCGGCAGAGGUUCAGAAGUGAACGUGACCGCCAAAUGGUAACCGACAUAUUUGAAAACAUUUUUGGCAUUCAAAUCGACAGCACUCGGCCUGUACCAUCCGUCACACCAUCUUGGCUGCAAGUUGGCCAUUCUCUGAUCCAUCGGGGAGCCGCAUCUUCGGUAGAAGCGCAUUUGAACCAUGGACAUCUUGAAGUUGCCCAAUCUAUCUUGAAAGGCAUUGAGAUGGGCUGGCUCGUAAUCUUGGCUGGUGAAAGCGGUAUUGGCAAGCGCACUCUUGUCCACAACCUCGCAGAAGCGGCCGGUCGAGAGCUGGGAGAGUUCUCAAUGCACCCUGGUGUAGACACAUCGGAAAUUCUGGGCAGUUUUGAGCAGCAAGAUGUCUCUCGUUCGGUUGACGCGGUUUUCACCGAUGUCAGCAAUAUCAUCUCAAAACUGUCGGAUACCCAUCCUAGCUUCGCCUCGCAACUCUCUGAGCUAUCCUCAGCCAGGCGAGCUUGCACAAAUCGCUCCGACACCCGUGCCAUACCAGCGUUCUACGAAAUGUCCCAGACCAUCGUUCAGACUUGCUCAUCUUGGGCUGACACGACGCUAGCCCAGCACUCUAUGGCCAAUCUUGCCAAACUUGGUCCAAAUGCUGUAGGAUUUGCUUGGGUUGAUGGCCAGCUAAUUCAUGCGAUCAAAAAUGGCGGGUGGUUCCUCAUAUCGGACGCCAACUUGUGCAGCGCGUCCGUACUCGACCGACUCAACAGUCUAUGUGAGAGUAAUGGCGUGCUCGUUUUGAGUGAGAAGGGUUCGUCAACUGGUAGCCCAGAGAUACUCAAGCCCCACGCGGACUUCAGGCUCUUUAUGACUUACGACCCCAAAUUCGGUGAGCUGUCAAGAGCUAUGCGCAACCGAGGCGUGGAGCUUUAUGUCAGCCAGAGCGGCCAAAGAACUAGCCCGCAAGAUGUUCAGCCUCUCGUCAUGUCAGACAAUUCGAUGCUGCGACAGGUGGAUACCAUGUACGACGAUCUACUGAGUGAGGAUGGUGUUGCCGUAGCAGCCGCUUUUGCGUUCCAAAGUCACACAAGCGUGCCGUAUCUGCUUCGCUGCAGCUCUCUUCCAAUCACUGCUACGCCCAGUCUUCUCAACGAGGUCGCGAUGGUCCUCCUCUCUGCUUCUGUACGAGAGAUCUCAAGGACGAUGGCUUCCAAUGUGUGCUUGAGUCAAGGAUUGGAGUCUGAUUUCGUCGAAUCAUUAUUCAUAGAUCCCACCUUCAAUCCUAAUGUCCAUUCGACUGCUCAGAUUCGCGGGACAAUGUUCUCCAUACUGUCCACACUGUCUCUUGACAAGUACAGACAACAGCAACUUCAAGUUUGGCUUGAAGAGCCUGCAAACGGCAAGACCGUGCUGGCGACCUCAGCUGCCGCGUUUCGUCGUGCAGUCACGCGACAGAAAGUGGCAGCUGGCAAGGAUAUCUACCCGUUCCUCUUCGCCUUUUCCGAGUUGGUCACCGCUCAUAUUGGAUCAAUCGCCACUACCUCGCAAGAUUCCCUCACCAAGCUGGCGCGUAUCUUAGCCUACGUUCAGCUUAUUCAAGAGCACGCGAAGUCGACUACAUUCGAUUACUCGUCUACGAAGCUUCUCGCAAAAUGGAUCGAAGACGAGAUGGAAGGCAUUCAGAUAUUUGCACCUGUGUUGGAGACUUUGCGAAACCUAGCAAAGACGGUGCAGCUGACGUCAGGCAUGGGUCAAGAUCAAAUCUGGACUCUGUUCCGGGCCGCAUCAAGCCGUCUCGGUCAGGCGGCAGAAAUUCAGAGGUUAGCUGCCUUGAGUAAUGAAGUAGUGGAUAGUCAAUUACGCCUGUCCGUUCUCGAGGCUCUGUCUGUCUUGGAUGACGCUUCAGUAGAGGAUGGUGUAUUGUCGCAGUUGGAGGUUCUGCUUACAAACUCGAAGAUGAUUCCGAGAAAAGAGAUUGAUCCAAGUAGCUACUGGACCAACUGGAGUGUGGUUGAAGCAUUGGAGCUGGCAGCUUUAUCCAAAAACAACCGUCAAGCAUUGCAGAUCAUCGUGGAAGAUCGCAACGUUGACUUGUCCUCGCUUGUCUCCCUCAGUAAAAGCUUGAGCCCUGACAAGAUCGCGGCGCAUUCCUUCCAAGCGCUGUCGACCUGGCUGCAAAGAGUCUGGGAUCAUGCUGCACCGAACGAAGAAGUCUUGAGUGGGCCUGCUGAUUUGUUCAAGCCCACACGUUUGUCCGCGUCUCUUCGGUUCAGUGUCGUCGAGUCCAUCAAAAUGGCAAACAUCCCUGAACAGGACGACGCCCUCAAUUUCUCGAUCAAGACAGCACUGUAUGAUGCUGAGAAUGAUGACAAGCGUCGUUAUGAAGCUCUUAGUCUUGUCUUGACAAUUUUGGUCUGGAUCGUCAGUUCAUUUGGGGUUUCCGUCUCGUCCAAUUUGGACGUUGUCAAGUUCAUGGAAUCUAUCACAGGGGCUGUCGAAAGAGCUUCUCAGGACGAUAGUCAUGCUCGUGUGAUGGGCUGCUCCUUUGAAAAGUGGAUCAAGCCUGCCUUCAUCGCUAUUACCAAUACACCCCAUGACCUCUCGGCGCUCGGAUCCCUCUGGAUUGCGGUCUCAUACUUCAUCCUCGAUCUAUACGUCACCAACAUCCCUAUAGAUCCUGGAGUUCGCCGAGGGCUCGAAGGCGAGGUCAUAGAGCAACUCCUUGUACACUCCGAGGCCAAGCUCUCCGCUGUCUCUGCUGCCGAGAUGAUCGUCAAAGGCGUCAGCGAUAGUGCAGUUGCCCUGGAUCUCCAGGAGGAAGUCACCAACCUUCAGCAUGGUCACGCCGCUCUGGGACCAGCACUCGAGCGUUCCUCGGACGUCAUCAAGCUUUCUCAUUUGUUCAAUGAGGUACACGCCUUCCUUGCCGAUCAGUACGAGGAGAGUCGCAUCACAGCGCUCGUGACUUCACUGCAAAACGGUCAGACCCAUGGCUUUUCUCGCGAGCAAGAUUUCCAGCUCGCUUCUGCUGCUUUCACCCAACGCCUGACUUCCAACUAUGCCGAAACCCCCGAUCUGGUACACCCAAUUGUCACUGCCACUUUGAUAGGCAAAUUCGGUAUACGUCUUGUGGCUAGAGCCGGUGACCUUCAGGCUGCCAAAUCGAAUCCAGCACUCUCCUCCGCCUUGUCAUUCCCUCUCGCUCAACACUUGCAGACCCUUCAAAAUCUGACUGUCGAUGCCCCUGUUGACAAGGCCACAGGCGUCCCAGCUGGUCUUCUGGCGGUGUCAUCCUACAUCUGCGAAAUUGACAACCGCCACCAGCGAAGGGCGCAUGUCCCCAGGAUAGCGCAACGCUUGGACUACCUGUAUCAAUCUUGGAGUGCCAUCCGUCUUAGAGAGCAACAAGAGGCUUCAGACGCCGAAAGUAUGUACCGCGUCAAGAAGACGGAUAUCGAGGUACUCUCGGACGAGGAGCAGGAAGCAAAAGAGUUUGCGGAGCUGUUCCCACAGUACGAGGACGAUGGCGCGAAUGACGCUGCCCUCGAACCAGAGAAGGCAGAAGAGAAGGAAAAGAAGGGAUUCCUGUCAUCCUACGUGUCGGCUUUCUCUACUCUUGUCAGACAAGGGUUUGGUCAUGCGUCUUGCACUCCAGGCAAACUUUUGAAGCAGCUCAUCGACGAAACCAUCCAUUACAACUUUGAUUCAUCAAAGUUCGACGAAGAAAUUGACGUCAGGAGUCUGGCGUUCCGCGUGGCUACCCUUCACCGACGCCAAGUAGACGUGAGGAUGCCUCCUUCACAGCCCAACUUUUAUCUUUCGCAUAAUGAGCCCGAAAUUCGUAAGGCUCAUGACGUCUUGGCCCGCCUAAUUCGCCGACUCGACGUUCUCAUUGCGGAAUGGCCCGAGCAAAUGGUCCUCGUUCAUAUACGUGAACGCUGCGAGCGCAUCCUGAAUCUUGACACCCGUAGUUCGGUAGCCCAGGUGCUCUCCACACUGGAGUACCUCCUCCUUCAUACAGAGGACUGGGAAAGCUACGCCAAUCGCGACAACUCUUUGGGCCCCUUUAGGGAUGAAAUCUCCAAGAUGAUUAUCGAAUGGAGGAAAUUGGAGUUGAUCUCUUGGACGCGUUUGCUGGACGACCAGGCAGAGCAAUAUGUGUCGCAAGAUGACGAGUGGACUCUACGCCUCUAUGGUGCUCUUAUCCAUGGUGCUGUUGGCGCGGAGGAUAUUGAGAAGCACAUGACCGAGACACUCCCGCUGAUAUCCACGUAUAUCAAGAAUAGUACCCUCGGUCAUUUUGCGUCUCGUGUCGAUCUGCUUGCUGCCUUCCAACGCAUGGCAAUCGAGAUGUCGCAUCAAGCGCCACAGUUAUCAAAGAUUGCUACUAUGCUACACAAUCUCCUGGCAAACGCCGGGUUAUUUGCCAUCAGGGUCAAGGACUCCCUGUCUACUCAGCGCGCGGCCAUUGACAAGGCCAUCAAGGACUUUGUCAAGCUUGCCAGCUGGAAGGACGUGAACGUCUACGCCCUCAAAGCAAGUGCCCAAAAGUCCCAUAGAGCGCUGCAUCGGAGUAUCAGAAAGUUCCGUGAUGUGCUCCGACAGCCAGUGGCGCCCAUGAUGAUGGAAUUGAACGGUGUCGUUCCCCAAGAAGCUCCGAUACCGUCCGAGCCUUGGACCCCAUCUGCAUAUGACAAAAUGUCGCUGUCCAAUAGCGCUCUCAGUUCACGAGCGAGCAUCGCUGUCCCCGUUCCCGAUGUCCUUCUAAGGCUCGACGAGACUCUCAGCAGAUACGGGCAAGUUCACGACAGAAUCCGAGGCACGGUCACAGGUUCCACCGCUUCUCUGGUAGACACCAUGGCUGUCGAUGUCAUUGACACAGCAGCCCAUCUGAACAAGCAAACACCGUCGACUCUCACAAAGGAGAACGAAAAGAUCGUCAACAAUCUCGCCAGUCGAAAGCGUAAAGCAUACUCUGACAUGUUGAGGGCCCUUCGAGCUGCUGGCUUCUCUCAAAAUGUCCGUGCCGAUCAGCUUGCUCGCCAACAGUCUACCAUGUGGCUGGUCAGUCAGCCUCAUAUUGUCAUUCACGGUCUAUCCAACGACCUGGUCAGCCAAGAUGCCAACAAGGUCGAGAAUUACCACCACAGGAUGGAGAUCCUGGUGGCUGCUGUCCGGGCCGCUUUCAACGGACACAGCCCCGACAUCAACUCUCAAGAUCUACAGAGAGGUAUUGGGUUUGUGGAGUCGUUAUAUGCGACGGCUUUGAACGAGCGUACUCAGAUUGUGAAUGAGCUUCAGCCGUUGACCAAGCUCGAGGCUAUACUACAGCGGUUCCGACACUGCUCCGAGGCCGAGUCCAUGAUCAGCGGUGCCUCAGUCGUACAAGCAUUCGAGACAGCCCAAGCGUCUGCUAGUCAGAUUCACCGGGCUCUUGCUGAGACCGAAGAGGGCAUGCGUCAGCUCCGAGAACUACAGGGCCGACAAUGUCGAAACGAGGACCUCGCCGCUGUCCACGACCUCCGACAGGAAACCAAUCUGCUUUCUCAAGCCUUGUCAAAGACACUUGACUCCGUGACGGACUCUACCUGCUCACUGUUCACCCAGACGGAAAUGGACCUUCUGAACACAUUUGAGCGAAUCCGCAAAAGUCUUGUAGAGCGCUUCACAUCUCAGGCUGGAGCUACCGACGACUUCCGGCACCUUCUUGUCCCCGUGGCCAACAUGGCUCGCUCACUCGAGCUUGCCGUGCCUGUCGCCUCUGCGGUCGACAGGGAAGAAGAACUCUGGACCCAGAGCGACGAGAUCAUCCAGUCUCUGCUGGUGGUUGCUCAGCAGCUCAAGUCCCCUGUGGUGGCUGAAGUCCAGGAAGACGAGUAUCCCCAUAUCCCGACGGAUUUCAAGCAGCAACGCUCUUUGGUUGCUUCAUUGCACAUCAGCGACAUCGUUGAGCGGCUCUCCACUUUCAUCGGCCGCCUCACCGCCGCCCCCGCUAGCACUGUGCCAAACUUCAUCUCUCGAAUCAUCCCCUUCCUCGAAAUCUUCAACCAAACCUACUCCCACUCCUUGAGCGUCCACACCCAGUCCGUCAAGGCCACCUACAAGCUUGCCUACGUCAUUGGCCGAAUCGUCCUUGACCUCGCCCAGAAAGGUUUCUGCAAACCGCAGGAACAGGGAGAUGAGGGACAGGGCGAAGAUGGCGAUGCGAUCGAGGGUACGGGUAUGGGCGCAGGUACUGGCGAAAACAACGUGAGCAACGAGAUUACGGAAGAAUCCCAAGUCGAAGGCUUGCAGGGCGAGGAGGAAGAGGAGAAGGAAGAGAACGGCGGCGAGGAUGAUGAUGCGUUCAGCAUGGACGAAGACUUUGAAGGAGAGAUGGGUGAAGGAAAGGAGAAGGACGAAGGAAGUGGCGACGAGGAAGAAGAGGAAGAAGACCACGACGAGCACGUCGGUGAUGUCGAUCCUCUUGAUCCUGGAGCCGUGGACGAAAAGUUCUGGGGUGAUGAAAAGAAGGAGGAGGACAAGAAGGAUAGCGACGAGUUGAUGGACCAGCAGGGUCAGGAGGAGGAAGGGGAGACGGAGAUGACUGCAAAGGAGGACGAGAAGAAGGAAAAGCAAGAAAAGAAGGAAGAUAAGCAGAAGGAAGAGGCAGGGGAGCAAGCAGAGGACAGCGAGCAGACCGAGCAGAAGAACAAUGGAGAUGAAGGCGGUGAUGAGGAGGGAGAAGAGAUGGACGACGAAGAAGUCCCAGGAGAGGAGCACGAAGAGGACGGCGACGAUCAACCUGCAGGCCAAGACCAGCAAGAGGUCUCUAUGCCCGAAGGCGAAACCCUUGACCUUCCUGAAGAUCUCAAUCUCGACGACGAAGGCAUGGAAGAGGGCCAAGAGGAGGAAGAUGAGAAUCUCGGAGACGACAUGGGCAUGUCUGUCGAUGGCGACGAAGAGGAGCAGGAGAGCGGGCAGCCCGAUGAGAUUGACGGUUCCAACGAGCAAGAAGGUCAAGAGGCGGACGACGCUCCCGAGGCUACUGGUCAAGGCGAAGACGAGACCGAGGAGGAGGCCAACAUGGGCCAGGAUGCCGACUUGUCUGCUGCCAACGAACAAGCUCAAGAGUCUGAAGUCGGCAAAAGCAUGGGCGGUGGACUGGAGGGCGAGACCCAAAAGGAGAAGGAAGCAGAGGAAGAGGCAGAUGCAGAGAAAGAGGAGAUGGAAGAAGGUGCUCAAGGUCACGACGGAGCUGCUCCCCAAUCGCAGCAGCAACAAAAUUCGUCAGACCAGCAGCAAGCUGACGGCCCUGUCGACUCUUCCGGUGCUCCCCUUCCCUCCGACAACUCGGCUCAACCCCAGACCUCUCGAAGUCUUGGCGACAUUCUCGAAAAGAUACAGCGCCGUCAAGACGAGAUUCUUUCGCAGAAUGAGCGCGAGGAGCAGCCCUCCAACGACCAACAAGCUCCCGAGCAAGCCCCUGGUCAAGUCGAGUACGUCAAGGAGGACGAAGCCAAAGAAGACGACCAGCAGGCUUUGGGCAAGGCUGGAGACGAGGAGAGGCAGAAGCUUGAGGAUCUCCAAAUCGUCGAUGAGGAAGACCGAGGGGAGGAGAUGCCUGCUAUGGAGGACAAUCCUGAAGAAGGGGAGGACUCGCAGGGGCAGGAAAGGCCCCAGAAGCAUGCCGAAUCUAACCACCAAACUCGAGGAGAACCCGAUGCCGAGCGAGAGCAGACCGAAAAGGCUCUCACGCAGGCGGAUAUCGGCGGCAAGCCUUCUGGUGAUGUGGGCGACGAUGCUAUGGAAGUUGAUCUGGACGAUUUCGAGGGCGGCGUGGAAGGCGAAAGAGCGCCUAUUGACGAGGAGGAUGAGAUUGAACUCAACAUUGUGGACCCCACUCCUGUCUCCGGCCAAGUUGCGACCGCCGAAGAUAUCUGGCGCCGCUACGCCUCCCUCACCAGCGAUCUCUCUUACGCUCUUUGCGAGCAACUUCGUCUGAUUCUCGAACCGACUCUCGCUACCCGACUCCAAGGCGACUUCCGGACUGGUAAACGGCUCAACAUGAGGAAGAUCAUUCCCUACAUUGCGUCGGAAUACACCAAGGACAAGAUCUGGUUGAGGCGAACCAAGCCCUCGCGACGAGAGUACCAAGUGCUUCUCAGUCUUGAUGACUCGCGCUCCAUGUCCGAGUCGCACUCUGUCGACCUUGCCUACCAGACGCUUGCUUUGGUCUCCCAGGCUAUGAACAAGCUUGAGGUCGGUCAGGUCAGCAUCGCCAAGUUUGGAGAGUCUGUGGACAUUUUGCACCCCUUCAAGGAGGGCGGCUUUACGGACGCCGACGGUGCCAAGGUCAUGUCAAGCUUCAAGUUUGAUCAGCAAAAGACCGAUGUUGCCAGCCUGGUCGAGAGGACGCUGAGCUAUCUGAGUGAGGCCAGACACGGUCCUGCCCAGAGCGCUAGUGCUCCCGACCUGUGGCAGCUGCAAAUCAUCAUCUCUGACGGUGUCUGCCAAGACCAUGCUCGUCUCAGGCGGCUCUUGCGAAAAGCGCUCGAAGAGCGAGUCAUGAUCGUCUUUAUCAUUGUCGACUCGCUGCAGCAAACUGCUCCGGCGACUGCUUCUGCCGGGUCGGCUUCCUCCACACGGCCGAGCAUCCUGUCCAUGCAGACAGUCGAGUACAAGAACGUCGGCGGGGCGAUGAAGCUCGAGAUGCAGAGGUAUCUCGACACUUUCCCCUUCGAAUUCUAUGUGGUGUUGCGAGAUGUUGAGGCUUUGCCUGGAGUGUUGGCGGAUACGUUGAGGCAGUGGAUGACGAGGGUGUCUCAGUCGCAGGAGUAG